AACACACACACACGUAUACAGGCACGCACGCGCGCAACGAUGAGCAGGAUGAGCUCAGCACUGAGUGCGAUCUGUAUUGUUUUUUUGGGCAUCAUGAGGGUGUCAGCUGUAGACACAUUCCCUAAGAAAUUUGUGGCAGUUCAGAUGAACAGUGAUGUUACCCUGCACUGUGACACUACUGACCAGGAUGUUACAUGGCAGUAUGACUCGGAUGAAUUGGAGGCAUCAGAGGAUAUAAGGCUUGAAGGCAACAAGCUGAUUCUUAAACGAAUCGAAGAGGAACAGGCUGGGAACUACACCUGCUGGAGAAAUAAUGAAAUAGUAGAUUAUACUUACGUCCUGCUUGAUAUGACUUCCCACAUUACUGACUUAACUAUAAACUGCACAGCUGAAACAUUCAACUGCACCUUCAACAUCUCCUGCAAUAUGAACCAACCUGCCUUCAAUUAUUUCAGACUUCGCAAUAAGCGGGAUAAUAGCAACUGGGUGAUGCCUUCUGAAGAUGGCGCAUUUCAUCUCACCCACUCCACCAACCCGUAUGCAGAGGAAGCGAAACAGCUGGAGGUCAUAGGCGAGGCCGUGUCGUCUUCAGACCGCUACUUUAAAAUCAGCCACAACUUCUAUCUCAGAGACAUCAUUAAGCCCGCCUGUCCUGAAGUCAGUGUGAACAAAAGGAAAGUAAAUUUAGCACCACCCCCCACCUGGGCCAAACCCACCAGCUACUAUCCUCUCGACCAUGAAAUUCAGUGCAAAAAUCUAGAUGAUGGAAAGGAGAAACCUUGUGAUCUGGACCAUGACAAUAAGGUACCAAAGGGCACCAGUGAGCUGAGGGUUCGCUGCAGAGACUCGCUGCUUCUCUCUCAGUGGAGUGAUUGGACACCAUGGCAUAAUGUACACAAGAACAGAAGAAACAACAGGAAAGAAGGAAAAAGAAUGGGAAGAAAAGAGACAGCUAAGAAUGGGAAGAAAAGAGACAGCUAAGAACGGGAAGAAAAGAGACUGCUGAAACUGCAACAGCGAAAACAAAAACUCCUGUUCUGUUCCAUUCUUAGAAGUAGUCUACGAUCUUACUGUGAAAAUAUUACUAGAGAUGCACCAAAAUGAAACUGAAACAGAACAAAAUUAACGUCUGGCCAAUGCUGAAUAAUGCAUGGGGGUUUUCACAGGUUUUUAUUAAAUUUGCUACAUUUUUUAGUCAAUUCUAUAGCCUAAAUGUAUUUUUGUCUUGUUUUUCAAAAAUAAGCUAUUGCAAAAUUAGAAUUUGACAAUAUUUAUUGAACACAAUUUUUUUUAUAAAAAAAAUAGCAGUGCUGUUUUAAUCAUGAAUGCUUUCCACACUUUUAGCUAGCUAGCUACCUCAGUACCUCAGUACCUAUUCUAAUCUGUUUUACUUUUUAGCUAGCUAUUUAGCAGUUUAGUUUUUUGUCUUUUUACUUAUUUAUCUGAAUAUUGCAAUUUCUGACAAAUAUUUUUGUUUGACAAAUAUUUAGUGCACCUUUAUAUUUUACUGAUUGGUACAAAACAAUGUAACCUGUAAAACACUGUCCUUUUUUUUGUUAAUUUGUAUUUUUGUGUGUGUGUUUAAGAAGCAGUACAUAUGUGGAUGGAUUUUUACCACAUUUUAACGUUAUUUUAAUACUGAGUAUGGCAUACUUUGCCUUUAAAAGAGCAUCAAUUCUUCUUAGCAUGGAUUCCACAGGUUCUUUUGAAAUUCUGGCUCAUGUUCACAUGAUUAAGCCAAACAAUGCCUCCAGGAUUUUCAAGAGAACUUAUAAACGGUGAAACUCUUAGUUGUUCCACAUCCCAAAGGUCUUCUACUGGAUUUAGAUCUAGUGACUAGAAAGCAUGCUCCACUAAGUACACUGCAGCUAUUGUCAUGUAACUGAAACCAGAUUUAGAGACUUCUGCUUUAUACUGGAAGUAGCCAUUAAAAGAUGGGUCAGCUAUGUUUAUAAAUGUCAGCAUCAAUACGCAAAUAGGCUGUGGCAUUCAAGCAGUGACUGAUAUUGAAAGUCUCAUAGUUUACUAAGAAAAACACAUUCCUCACAUUGUUAUGACACCACCUCCACCAGUGUGAGUUGGGUUAAUGGAUGGAUUUAAGCUGUUGGUCUUGACUGACAGGAAGUGGUUCCUGACACAAUCUUCUACUGUUGUAGCCAAUCUGCCUUAAAUUUGGAUGUGGUGUAGUUCAUUCUGAAAUGCUUUUUUGCUUGCUACAAUUGUAGAGAUUUGUUAUCUAUAUCUGAGUUACUGUAACCUUUGUAUCAGCUCCAACCAGUCUGAACAGCCAUUCUUUGUUGACCUAUGUUUCAUCACCAAGGUAUUUUACCUGCAAAACUGCGGCUUCCUGGAUGUUUUGUUUGUUUUUCUACAUAAAUCCCCAGGAGAUCAUCAGUUCUAGAUCUAUUCAAAUCAGCCUGUCUGACACGAACAGUCAUACUGAAGUCACAGUAGGUGUCUUCCAGUUUUCUUAGCUUUGAUUUAUCCAUUAGCUUUUUAUUGUAGCAUGCUCAGCUAACUCGUGUGCAAGGCUUUAUGGUUAUUUUGUAUCUUCUGGUAGGGUCAGUGAUACAGUUAAUGAUGGAACUACAACAAUAAUGUGGUCAUUCGCAUCUUUGGUCACCUCCAAAAGUAGUUUGAGUGAUUAGAUUAUGUCUCAUAUGUGCUUCAAUCACAUUGUAUCCUAUUUACAGAUCAAUAUUGUGCUGAUAUUAUGGAGAUCACUUUUUCCUCCCCUUUUUGAUGGUCUCCGUAAACAAAACUUGACCCUGCAUGAUUUUUAAGCAUCACAAAGCUGGUUGAUCACAAUUGGCUGAUCAGGCUAAUAACUUGCUUGGUGAGUGGACUACAAAUACGAUUUAGGAUUUUUUCAAUAUAAAAUGACUUAAAGAAUCCUUCUAAAGACCCAGAGGUGCUGUAUAGACCUGUCCCUGUUUCUCAUUGACACAUUUUGUGUACUGACACACAGUGACCAGCAAGGGGCUCUAGAAACUGUUUAAGCACUCCCUGACCACAAUGUAUGUAGUAUAAUAUACUGUUUCAUAUGCAUGUCCCCAAGCCCGCCCACUUUUUUAUUCUCUAGAGUUUUUAUCCUUUUAGACCACUUGUGCCACAAACAUGCCUUUUUAGACUUAAACCAGUAAUUAAUGUAUGCCUAGCAAUAUUGAUAAUAAGUGCAAAGAGCGUGUGUGAGUAUGCCAUUUUAUAUAUAUGCAAUAU